UCCUCAAGAAGGCCGUUCUGGCCACGCCCACUCAGGUUACAGCGGCGGUGGCACAGUACGAGAUUCCGAGCUCCGCCUCCGGGUCCAGCAACGGGCAAAACACACCACAGUACAUAGUGGUGACCGUUUCAGAGAGCCGUAGGAAGUGUCCCACAUCUCACGUUACCCCGAAUCCCUCCGCCGCCCCUUACCGCCCAUAAUAACCCGUCGCCUGCUCAUUUAAAAAAAAAAAUCACCGACUUCACGCCGAGACACCGAAGAAACGAAAGAAUCCCAGAUGUUUAGUCAGAUUAACGUUGGUUAGAGUGGAUCUAUCAACUGAAAUCUAACAGAGUUGAGGGAGAAAAAAUAAGCAGCAGGUAAUGUCAACGCUGUUGCUAAGCAACUGGAAAACAUACAGCCAGCAUAUGCAGCCUAAUGACUGAGGGGAAGGUGAGUUAUUUAGCUAGCAGGUCUGGUGAUCGGACCUUGGCAGUGUAAAUGACACAGACUUGUCAAGAACGCCAAGGCUUACCUCAGAUGUGCAAAAUGCACAGUAAGGUUGAAAUUACACGCAGAUUACACGCAGAUUACACGCAGAUUACACAGUGAGCUGUCGGAAGUUCACGUUUUUGAAAAAGAUCUUUCAUUUAGCUUGUCGUUUAUUUUAUGAUUUGGUUCUAACCAGUAAGAAGAAGAAACAACCCCAGUUAUCUCAUCGAACACGGUUUCUCUUACAGAUUGUUUUUUGUUGUUGUUGUUGUUUUUUUUUUUUUUUCACUUCACUGCCCCUCAGAUCAGGAAAUCAGGUCCUGCCCUUAAAGCCGACGUGAAAUUGAGAUCAUAACCCGUUUCUCUCUCUCUCCCGCCACAGAUUUCCGGCUGAGACCAUUCGUUCGGGUCAGGAAACGAUAGACUGCCAAAAAAAACCCCCCAAAAAACCAAGAUCACAGCAAGUGGAACCAUCUCGAAUAUAGUCACAACCUUUAUAUGAGAUUACAAUCAAAUCAUUUUAAGAGUAUUAAACCUAUUUCUAGCCAUUUUCCUCAUUUCAAGCUUGAGAUGGUCUUGUCGUGUCGGGGAAUUUCACUAGAUUUGAGCAUUCCUUUCUAGACAGAAGAAAAAUGACCCGCCAGAGGGAAGUGUCUGGAAGUGUUAAUCUAAUGUUAAUGUACACUACACUCGACUACCUGACUAGACCGUUACCUGAUUUCAUACAGAUGAAUCCUGCACAAGUCGCCCAGGUGUAUAGCGACGGGUUAGUCGCUCUUAACGGAACGCGCUAAAAACGAGCUCCUAAACCCUAAAAGCAGUCGAACCUCGAAGUAAAAGUGACACGCAUCAGCUCCUGAACGCUGGAACGAUGAACACUCGUCUCACGCUUUGGGCUGUGUGUAGACUUGACGAACAUACCGGAAGCACGCGAGGAUGUUAACACCAGAGGGGGGGGAGGAAAAAAAAAAUAACACAACAGAAGGAUCUGUCCAUUCGAACGAUUCUGUGUCGGACUCCAGUCCGCCUCCCACCGUCCAGACGGGUGUGCCGACACACGUGGUGCAGACUGCACAGCAGAGGUCAGUAGUGCAGACCACAGCCAAGAGCGGCCAGCAUGGAGUUGGCAACCUGCACAUUACUCCUGAGAUCUCUCAAGUAGGGCAUGUCUACUCCAGCCAGGUUCAGUACGUGGACGGAGACGGCAACUACAACACCACACCCAUUCGUUCCAGCACGUACCCGUUCACAGAGUCCUCCCUCUACGGCCAGGCCACGCCCUCCGGCCCGUACUACGAUGAUCCGCCCACAACCGUAUCACAGGUCUCCACCCCCGUGACUUCGCAGCCGGUUUCCGUGACUACGGGAUUCUCAGGGGGUGGUACAGGGGUUACGGUCGUAUCAGGAGCAUCGUCUUCGGGUGGAGGGGGAGGCGGGGCCGGAUCUGGAGUUGUUGCUGGGGGCGGGGCUGGGAGUGUGUCCAGCGGAGGAGGAGCAGGGGGUUAUGUGGUUCCGGGCAACUACGUGAUGGGAAGCGCAGGCCAGAAUUACACGCACAACAUUCGCGCCUCACCUGCUACUGUGCAAUGGCUGUUGGAUAACUAUGAGAAGGCAGAGGGUGUGAGUCUGCCACGCUGCACGCUGUACUAUCACUACCUGCUGCACUGCCAGGAGGCCAAGCUGGAGCACGUCAACGCCGCCUCCUUUGGCAAACUCAUCCGCUCCAUGUUCCUUGGCCUGCGCACCCGCCGACUCGGCACCAGAGGGAACUCGAAGUACCACUACUAUGGCCUUCGGAUCAAGAGCAGCUCCCCCCUGCACCGGCUCAUGGAGGACCAGCAACACCUGGCCAUGAGACAACAGCCCUUCUCGCAUAAGCACAGGAUAAGACCGGUGCAGAAGGUUGAGGGAAUGACCAAUGGGAUGGGCAUGGGGGUGGGCCAAGGAGCAGGCCAGGGGGUCGGGCUGUUUGACAUCAGCUCCCACAUCCAGCAAUAUCAGCAGUUUUUGGAUUCGUCUCGUUCUCUGCCUGAGUUUUCAGAGAUUGAUCUCCAGGGAAAGGCCCUGCCAGAAGGGAUUCUUCCGGAGCAUAUCCGAGCCUACCAGCAGCUCUACCGGGAACACUGUGAGGCGAUAGUGGAUGUGAUGGUGAACUUGCAGUUUCCUCUGGUUGAGACUCUGUGGAAAAGCUUUUGGAGAUUCAGCGAGGGGCAGACUAAUGAAGCACUCGACCUUCACAGCGAAUCCGAGAAGCGGCUGCCGAAAGCAUGCCUGGUUCUGCUGUGCCAGUACGAGCCGGUUCUGCAGUGGAGCCGCAAUUGUGACAACACACUCUACCAGAUCCUAGUGGAGAUCCUCAUCCCCGACGUGCUCACACCUAUACCCAGUGCCUUAACACAAGCCAUCCGCAACUGUGCCAAGAGUUUGGAGAACUGGCUCACCGGUGCCAUGAUGAACAUUCCGGAGGAGAUGGUCCGCAUUAAGGUGGUGUGUGCAGGAGCAUUUGCGCAGACAUUGCGCAGAUACACCUCUCUGAAUCACCUGGCUCAGGCGGCCCGAGCCGUGCUGCAGAACUCGGCCCAGAUCACGCAGAUGCUCAACGACCUCAACCGAGUGGACUUCAACAACGUGCAGGAACAGGCAUCAUGGGUGUGUGCAUGCGAGGAGCGCAUGGUGCAGCGGAUCGAGCAGGACUUUAAGAUGACGCUGCAGCAGCAGAAGUCUCUGGAGCAGUGGGCCGCGUGGCUGGACAGCGUCGUCACGCACGUCCUCAAACCCUACACGUCCAGCCCGUCCUUCACCAAAGCUGCCAAACUCUUCCUGCUCAAGUGGAGCUUCUACAGCUCAAUGGUGAUCAGGGAUCUAACUCUGCGCAGCGCGGCCAGUUUCGGCUCGUUCCAUCUCAUCAGGCUGCUGUAUGAUGAGUACAUGUAUUACCUGGUGGAGCACAGAGUCGCUCAGGCCAAAGGAGAAACACCCAUCGCUGUUAUGGGAGAAUUUGCCAACCUAGGCCGGAACGACAGCGCAGCAGAUGCAGAUAAAGAAGAGGAAGAAGAGGAAGAGGACGAGAGUGAUGAGGACCAGAUGCCUAUACCGGUCGACGCGAAUGCUGUGGGGGAGGAGUCUCUGGAACCGCCCGCCAAAUUAGCCAGGACGGACCUGUUCAACAGCACUCACAACUAACACACACACACACACACACACACACACACACUAUUCAACACCACUUACAGCUCAUACACUCACAUAGACCUGUUCAGAGAUUUAUUUGAUAUGAACAUUACACAUCACUGAUCAAUCUCUCUCUCACACACACACACACACACACACACACACACACACACACACACAGAGAUAUAUUAUACAGAUUUAGCUUUGUGUUCUAUCCUCUCUCUUAGUGCCAUGCAGUCGUUUGCCUUAUUCAUUAUUGCCUUUUGAGAGAACUGUUCUAUCUGCCACAGUGUAUCAAUGUUUAAUGCCUUAAAUUAUGUUAAGCGAUAUGCCUUAUAUACUUCUACAUCACAGCCCGUUUGCGUGAGUAUCUACACGCGUAUGCACACACACUGCCAGUUUGAACGUUUACUUGUUGUUGUUUUGUUUCGUUUUAAUCACGCUCACAAUCCAAAAAAAACUUCUACUAUGACAGUUGUUUAGUUUAUACUAACGCUCAAACGUAAAGUUCUAAUGUGUCGUCGUUUCUAUAGUAACGGCUCGUUCGGGGGGAUGCGGUGUAAUCUGAGCUUUAAAGUUUUCUGUAAGGAGGUUGUUUAUUUAACGUUUUAAGGAAGGGGUCUCCGGCAUCGGAGAGUUUUCCGACACGGGGGAAAGUAUUCCGGGUUUUGCACUUUACGGUUCCUGACUUUUUAACGAAGAGUGAGAAAGGAGGAGAGGCUGGUGAGGGAACGGACGCGACUUGUCUUUAAGGUUAAAUGUAACUAUAACUGGAUAAUAAGCACAAUGUGUAAAAAUUGGGGUCAUUGGAUAGUCGCUGGAGGGGAACGAUGGCUUAGAGAUCAGCAUGUUUGCAUCGCACCUUCAGGGAUGGGGGUUGGGAUCCCCGGUUCCGCUCUGUCUGCAUCAAGUUUGCAUGUUCUCCCUGUGCUUUGGGGUUUCCUCUGGGUACUCCAGUUCACGCCAAAGACAUGCGCUGUAGGCUGAUCGGCAUUUCCCGAUUGUCCGUAGUGUGUGCACCGUGUCCAGGGUGUCCCCCUAAUACUAUCGUACCCUGGGAUAGGCUCCAGGCUCCCCACGACCCUGUGUAGAAUAAGCGGUACAGAAAAUGCAUGGAUCGAUAGAUGUAUAGUCGCCGAAAAGACUUCCUCUUUGCAUCCGGCCGUAUCACGCCACCCGACUGUGGAUUAUUUUCCUACAACAGUAUGCCCUGCUGUGUUCUAUUCCUUACAUAGGCACUCUCGAAUCCUUUCGAGCUCUCAAUUUUUUAAUAAAGGUGAAGUUUCUAAUCUUCACAAACGUUGUCUAGCCCUACGACUAGUGUAUACAUUCGCAUAUACGCGACUUGUCUUGACAUACAAUUGCUCUGGCUAGUUAUUUUAAUAUUUUUCCAACCUGGAAGAUUCACUCCAGCGUAUAUUUACUAAUAUAUCGGAUAUUCUAAAACCUUUUGACUGGCAGUGUGUACAGGUGCAUCUCGAAACAUUUGAAUGUCGUGGAAAAGUUCACUUUCAAUUUUGGGUUAGAGUUAGAAAAAACUAUUUCACUUUGUGUAAUGAAGCUAGGAUCUAUGAACGUUCUACUUUUUGAAUGAAAUUACACAAGAAAAUAAUCCUUUCCCACGAUAUUCAAACUUUUUGAGAUAGACAGAGAGAACGUCUGCUUAUGUUUUAAACGAUGACGCGUCUGAGAGUUUUUGAGGUUGAAAAAAGGAGAGAGAACUUCUUUUUUUAUUUUCAUUUUUUGGACAUCGUGCUCUUUCGGACUUUAGCUGCCCAGCGAGUCGGCUCGUUUCCUCAUCACUUUGCACAGCCUUAAUUUCCUCCAUGCAAGCUGCAGAUUUGUCUCCGUUUUCCAUAACGGCUUGUCAGGGUUAGCGUUAAUCCGUGCUACGAGUCUAACUUGGUCCUGCUAGCUUUAACGCAUUAUUAGAGAUGCCAGCAUGUGCUUUUCCAUGAAGUGAUCUUUUGAGGCGAUCGAGAUAUCUUGACCACGGGUUGAUGGAACGUAGAAUUGCGAAAGAAAUCACCCACAGUCGUCGUUUUCGCAAGUCACGAUCGUCUUAUGUGGACGCUAACAUGCUAGUAACGUUUCUGUAUUUUAUUUUAUUAUUAUUAUUAUUAUUUUUUUAAAGUGAUCAUGUUUCCGAAAAAAACAAAUCAAAUCAAUGCCUUGGAGAUUUGUUUACGCUCGAUGCCCUUUUGAGUUGCAGUGUUAUUGUUCAUGCUUUUGUAUUUUUUUGUUCUGCAUGCUUAUUUUGCCAGAAGAGAGAUUUAAGCUCGAUGCCUCAGUGUAAUACUUGUACUGCUUGUGCCUUUGGAGAAUAACCUCUGACUGCAGAGAUCUUUAAACAUACGAAUAAAUUAAGAUGUUCUAUCGCUUACUAUGCUAUCUGUUGUGCUUCUGCAAACAAAACAAAAAAAAAGAAACCCCAUAGCUAUGCAGUAUAAAUACCACGGUUCUCCCAGCAUUCACGCCUCCAGGCCGUUCCUUCAUUUCAUUUGCUUGGAUCGCCACGUGCAUCUUUCACAUCGAUCCGUUCUGCACGUCUGCAUGUGACCGUUUCCGAUCAAAACACGCCAGGAAACGUACAAGCAGUAGGCAUGUGUCGAUGUCAAUACUUUGCUGAUCUUUCGUCAGAUUUUAUGCACAAUAUCACCAAAUUGUACUGAAAUAUCUUAGUAAAUGUCUCCAUAAUAAUCCUUUACGUUUAUUAAAAUAAUAAGGACCUUGUUUUCACUUCUCUGCCAAAAGUAAUUAUACCUGAUUGCACAGAAUAAUAUUACGGUAUACUUACCUUCAUCAAAAUAUCCAUUUAAAACGGUGAUCGUAACUGAAAUUGCGAGUGUGACCUUCAUUUGCACUUUACGCGACAUUAUUCAAGGGUCUUAACUGAAAUGUGUAAGUAUUGUAACGUUUUAUAUUACUUACCUAGGGCACAUGGAGAGCUUUAAAAAGUUGAUGGGGCGUGGCCAGGUGGAUGGUUCCAAAGAACUGAGGGGGAAGGGUUAGUUCUAUAGCUUUAAAAAGUUGAGUGGGUGUGGCCAGGCAGAUAGCUUUGAAAUGCUGAAGGGUGGGAACAAGUGGACACCUCCAGGGAGCUGGGUAGUGUCAGGUGGAUAGCUUUUAAAAGCUGAGGAAAGGAAACAAGUGGUCACCUCCAGAAAGCUGAGGGGAGAGGGACAGGUGGGUGGCUCCCGACAACGGCGGGGACAGGGUCAGGGGGAUGGCUCCGGAGAAUCUUGAGGACAGGGUCAGGGGGAUGGCUCCGGAAAACCGAGGGGACAGGGUCAGGGGGAUGGCUCCGGAAAACCGAGUGGACAGGGUCAGGGGGAUGGCUCCGGAAAACCGAAUGGACAGGUUCAGGUGGAUGGCUCCGGAGAAUGUUGAGGACAGGGUCAGGUGGAUGGCUCCGGAGAAUGUUGAGGACAGGGUCAGGGGGAUGGCUCCGGAAAACCGAAUGGACAGGGUCAGGUGGAUGGCUCCGGAGAAUGUUGAGGACAGGGUCAGGGGGAUGGCUCCCGAAUACCGAAUGGACAGGGUCAGGGGGAUGGCUCCGGAGAAUGUUGAGGACAGGGUCAGGGGGAUGGCUCCCGAAAACCGAGGGGACAGGGUCAGGGGGAUGGCUCCAGAGAACUAAGAGGAUGGGAUCUGGUGGAUGGCUUCGUAGAACCGAGGGGGAAUCGAGGGGUUUGGGUCAGGAGGAUAGUUCUUAAAAGCUGAGGAAAGUUGAAAGUCUAGAAAGUUGAGGGGGCGGGGUCAGGUGGUCAACUCUAGAACAUUUUACAAACUGCAGCUAGAAAUUUUCAAACGUCUAUAAUAAACUUGAUACAAAUGAGAAAUUUAUGACUAUGACCAUGGAUUUACAAUGUAUGAUUACUUUUAGCAGAAAAUUCUUCUUCUAAAAAAAACAUAUAUGUUCCUUAUAUUGCCUUCUGAGUGGAGCACUUAUUUCUGAAAGCUCCCCAUUUAGGCAGCCUCAAUCCCUCAUAGUGGCAGAUCUUGACUAUAUAUAUAUUAGUACGCAAUUUGGCGUCAUAAUCAUAGAACUGAUGAUCGGAACAAGCCGUACAUGUGGAUAUCGUGUAGGAGACGACGCGAGUCAUUUCUGUCAUGCAGAGUGCUGGACCCCAAACACACCAUCUUUAUUGUUCUCACACACACCGAAUUCUCGUCGGUACACUCUCUCUUCCGUGGUGCCAACCUUUUUCCUAACGGCAGCUGUAGUCGUCAGUUAGCAGCUAAUCUCUUGUGGCUUUAUCGUGGGAAUGGUCGGUGGUUUUAAAGUGACGUGGCCAAUCAGAGCGCUCGAUACUUCAGCCGGUGUGCAGACACAUCUCAAAAUGUUGUACUAGACAUUUAAAAUGUAUGUAACGUAUUGUUCGAGAGAUUUUCACGUGGGUUUUUAAAAGUUGUAUUUCUACAUGACUUUGUGACGAUGACGUUCUAUAAGAGUUCAACUGUCUCACUUCAGUAAGAUUAUUAGGAAUUUAUAAUUUUAUGAUACUGUUUCUACUAUUAAAGCUUUAUUUGGAGUGUCCUGUAGUUUUUAUUGUGGGAGAUUCGUAUGUAGCUAUCAGUGUACAACCGAGAGAAAAUAAAGACUGAAGUGAAAAGCUU